AUGCAUGCCGAUCAUAUUAUGGGGGUGAUAACACUCCUACGCAACCUUUUGUAUCGUACCAAAGUAAUAUUAUAUCCAGGACAGGUCAUAACCAAACCUGCUGUUCAGCUAUUCGGGCCUGCAGGUCUAAGGACCUUUGUUCGACAGAAUCUUAAAUACACACUCACUCGAGCUGCCGACAGGUAUUGUGUUCAUGAGCUACUGACCGUCCACGACUCUAUCACCCCCUGCGAUCCCAUACCUGAAGGGUCUACCUCAUUCCAUUCUGCAGAGGCCAACAUAAUGCACAACUCCGAGCUGCCUGGAUUAGACAUCAGAGCGGGUCCUGACGGUCUCUGGCGUGCCCUGACGGAGGGGCCAGGCAGAAUGAGCAAAAUCCUAGUCGACGCCGGACCGAUCCUUCAUCGGGAUCCAUGCAUUGGCUAUGUUUUUCAGGAAGCCUGGUAUCCGUCAAGGAAGGUCGUCAUUCUCGGGGAUACGCAUAACCCAGAAGCGAUGAUUCCACUCUGCAGUAAUCCAGCACCAUCUCUUCUGGUACAUGAGGCCACAGAUUCUCAUAUAUCACCCACUGCGGAUGCAGAAGGAAAGCUCUCCAGACGCUCUGCAGAAAAGGUGCUAGAGACGGCGUUGUCAUUGGGUCACUCGACUCCCGAAAUGGCAGGCGCGUUUGCAAAGAGAGUCGGCGCGCAGAAAUUGGUCCUUAAUCACAUCGGUGCAAGAUUUCCUGCUCCUCGUAAUAAUUUAGAUCACGAUCGUAAGAGGAUCAUCCGCGAUAUCACGAAGAAAGCAAGUAUGGCAUGGGGGCCUAACAAAGCUGCAGUGGCUGCGGUGGAUUUUUUGAGAGUGGAGGUGCCUAUAGAUCCGAGCCUGAAGGAUACCAGAAACCAACCAACUACGCGGACAGAGGUCGGAAUUGUGAAUGACAUUGAACCCAACCCCCCCGGUGAAAUCCAAGGGGCAUCUAGUUUGCGCGAUUAUCAAUUUUACGAUUCUGAACCAGUCGAAUAUGUCAAUCCUAACGCCGUUGCCAGUACAAGCACGAGCCAAGCGGGUCACAUUCAGGUCCAGGAUGGAGGUCGAAGUGCUUUCGUCGCCUAUGACCCAUCGGGACAAAACAGAAGGAAGAGAAGAAGGAAACACUGA